AUGGUGGGCGUGGCGAUGAACUUCUACGACGACCAAGGGCGCCAAGACCUGACGCCUACGGAGGGAAACCGAACGUACGCCAUCAUCGUGUGCAUAUUCGCGUCACUAGGUGGUAUCUUUUUCGGCUACGACCAGGGCGUGACGGGUGGUGUGCUGGUCAUGGAGUCGUUCCUUAACGACUUCUGCGUGGGCUGGCACGGUCAAACGAUGACGGAUUGUACGCGAGCCACGGCGGAGCUACCGCAGCGCUGGGUGGACUAUACGCUGUGGUACAAUAUGACAUACAACAUCGGCUGCAUGGUUGGUGCCAUCGUCGGCGGGUGGAUCGCAGACAAGUUUGGUCGCCGACUCACCAUUUUCCAGGCUGGCUCGCUCUUCUGUCUCGGCACAUCGUGGCUCGCCUUCUGUCCCAGUCAGGCACAUGGCUCACUACUCAUCGCACGGUUUAUUCAGGGCAUGGGCGUCGGCAACUCUUCGUUUUCACUGCCGCUCUUUGGAGCGGAGAUGGCUCCUAAGGAGCUACGAGGCUUUCUAUCGGGGUUUAUGCAGAUGACAGUCGUCACAGGACUGCUCUCUGCUAAUAUUGUCAACCAAAUCAUCGAGAACCACGAGCGGGGCUGGAGAAUUACCAAUGGCGUGGCCAUGGCAGCGCCAAUUGUCGUCAUGCUCGGCAUCUUCUUUGUGCCGGAGAGUCCUCGAUGGACAUAUCUGCACAAGGGAAAGGAUGCAGCCUCUGCUGUGCUUAAGCAGCUUAGACAAACACGGAAAAUUGGACGAGAACUGCGAGCUAUCGGUGCGCAGAUAGCGAGAGAAGGUCAGCCAGGAGGAUACAAGGAGCUUAUGGAGCCUUCGGUGCUCAAGCGUGUGAUCAUCGCCAUGCUUCUUCAGGUACUGCAGCAGGCCACAGGUAUCAAUCCCGUAUUCACGUACGGCGGUCUUAUUUUCAAAGAUGUCGUGGGCGAUGUUUCGAGUUCACCGCCGGAUUGCACGAGUAAAGGACACGCGUAG